UUGUUCUAAGCUAAGAUGACAGCAAACGAAUACGAAUACUCGUGGACCCUUUUUCUCUGCAAAAGAAAAUGGCAGGAGCCAAACUGUACGGUCGAGAUACGAUGAUAGCGCCCACUUUCUUCCGUUAUCCACCUACAGAGCUACGACGACUUAUCGGCCCUUCACCGGAAUUUGUCUCCAUCGGCACUCCCAAGUGUUCUCGCCUCCGAGUCCUUGCCAUGGCUGUAAAGAGAAGCCCCAAGCGCCUCAAAUACUCUACUCCUCGCUUCAACAAGGAUGGUUUGCUCUAUGUGGAAGUGGAACCAUCAGGAGUGGAUAGCUGGAAAUUAGAGCCAAUUGUGGAGCUUUUGAGAGAGGGCGCUGUUGGGGUCAUUCCUACUGACACUGUGUAUGCGAUAGUUUGCCAUUUGAAAAAUCAAUUUGCCAUUGAACGUCUCCACAGAAUCAAGAAUAUAGAAAGAACAAAGCCCUUGAGUAUACUAUGCCACUCUUUCCGGGACAUUGAUACAUACACAACAGGAUUUCCUCGAGGUGAUGGCCGAGGUCAUACAAAUAUUUUUCGAGUAGUUAAGCAUUGCUUACCUGGACCAUAUACUUUCAUCUUGACUGCAAGCAAAGAAUUACCCAAACAGUGUGUGAGAUAUGGAUCAACAACUGCCAAAUAUACAUCAAGGAAAAAUGUUGGAGUCCGUAUUCCUGAUGAUCCCAUAUGUCAAGCAAUAUUAGAAAAGCUGGAUGCACCAUUGAUAUCUACCAGUGUCAAGUGGCCCAAAGAUGAUGAAUGGAUGAUGGAUCCUGUUGUAAUAGCCGACAUAUAUGGACCAGAGGGGCUUGAUUUUGUUGUAGAUGGUGGGAUAAGGGUGGCCGAUCCAUCCACUGUUGUUGAUAUGACAGGAAGUUCUCCAAAAAUAAUUCGGCAGGGAAAGGGACCUAAAUUGCAAUGGAUGGUAGCAGAAGACGAGAACGAAUCUGAUUUACAUGGAGAUGAUAUCACAUCCUCCACCACUUAAUAAAAUUGACAGAAGUGUAAUACAGCAAUUUAGAUCGGAGUGCUGCGUUUUGGUUAUUUUUGACAUUUUAGUGCAGCACAACACAGCACCUCCUUGAGAGAAGUAAAUAGAAUAUUAUUAGGUUUUGUAAAUAUAUUAGUUCAUGAAGAGUUGAAGCCCUCCUUGGAAAAGCCAAUGGUGCAUGUCAUGGCUCUCUCUUAAUAUGGUAUUUCUAAGUUUAAGGUGUCAAUGUGUUAAAUAUGUGGAGUUGGGUUGUAUUUUAGAUUUAAACAUGCAGCUAUGUAUGUAUCCAUGGAUUUUCUUUAAGAUGCUCGGUUGUUAAUUGUUGAUAUUGAAUCAGGUGGAGUGCAUACAUUU